CUGCCUGAAUCCAGCGAGCAACAUUAGCGAGUUCUUCCCCAAAACGCAAACAACAACAUCACUGAAAAGAUGAAAUUCUUCGUCGUCGUUGCCCUGGCCAUGGUUGCCGCCGUCGCCGCCCAGGAUAAGUACACCACCAAGUACGACGGUGUCGAUCUGGACGAGAUCCUCAAGUCGGACCGACUGUUCAACAACUACUACAAGUGCCUGCUGGACCAGGGCCGCUGCACCCCGGACGGUAACGAGCUGAAGCGCAUCCUUCCCGACGCCCUGCAGACGGACUGCGCCAAGUGCAGCGAGAAGCAGAAGACUGGCACCGAGAAGGUAAUCAACUAUCUGAUCGAUAACCGCAACGACCAGUGGCAGAACCUGCAAAAGAAGUACGACCCGGAGAACAUCUACGUCAACAAGUACCGCGAUGAGGCCAACAAGAAGGGCAUCAAGCUGUAAGGUGUGGAGCACUAUGUUUUCGUUAGUGUUUCCCAUCCUUCCCCUGGCACCAGACGACCCCGCUUCGACGAUGAGUUCUACCAGCGAUUCGCGUUAAACGGCAGGAAGCAAAAUGGAUGGGCGGUAGAUGCCGCCUCUAGCACUUAAGACGGGAUGAAAGUGAGAGAGAGAAAACCGACAAAAAAACUACCAACAAACUCCAGCUCAGACCAGUCAGCGAAAGUGGAGGGUGAAACCAUCAGCACCACCAUCAGCAGCAUGAUCGUGUUGUAGCCAAACUGUAUCCAAACAACACUCGAGAGCGAAGCAGCGAUGUGGAAUAAGGAUCUGGCGAGGAAACAACGUUGUCGAAUCCUAUGGGUUCAUGAAGCAUUAUAUUUUUGUGUUAAUAGAAAAGAGUAAGAUAAAAACAUCCAGCGAAUAACACCACGCAGGAUGGGAUCCUUCACGAUACGCUGUGCGGGCUGAGCGAAUUUCAACUGUUAACUUCAUCAGUACAUAAAUAAACAGGUUAAACCAUUUUAUC